GGCCAGGUGACAAGCCCUCAGCCCGGGGACUGGGACUUAUUUCUGCAACCAGCUCGCGUCUCCCCUGCUCUCCGCUGCUGCAAAGAAAGACCCCAGACCCACCGACGGGUACCUGGACGUGGCGCGCGGACCCGUGACGCUCUCCUCUUCUGCAGAAACGCCCGCUCCCCCUGUUGCUCACCCUCAGCCUCUCCCCCCGAGAACCCGGGCUCCCCGGCUGUGGGGAGAGACCCCGGCUCCUGCUGUAGAGCCUCGGACCACUUCCAUUCUGGUGCGCCAGAGCCAUCUUGAGUGAUGGCAGAGACGCUCCCUACUAGCCUUCUCGUGCCAGUUCCUACCUUCCCGGUCUCCCACUGUAGGUUUUGAGUAGCAGGCGGCUCUUCCCACUGUGAGUCUGCGCUUGGAGCCGUGAACUCCCCUGCUCGCGUCUCUCUGCCCGGUGGGCUUCAGAGCCAUGGCAACGGAGGAGAAGAAGCCAGAGACGGAGGCGGCCAGAGCACAGCCCACCCCUUCCUCCUCGGCCACGCAGAGCAAGCCCACUCCUGUUAAACCAAACUAUGCCCUGAAAUUCACCCUGGCUGGCCACACGAAAGCCGUGUCCUCCGUGAAAUUCAGCCCGAAUGGCGAGUGGCUGGCGAGUUCGUCCGCUGAUAAGCUCAUUAAAAUUUGGGGAGCAUAUGACGGAAAGUUUGAGAAAACCAUAUCUGGCCACAAGCUGGGAAUAUCCGAUGUGGCCUGGUCUUCAGAUUCUAAUCUCCUUGUUUCUGCCUCAGAUGAUAAAACCCUAAAGAUAUGGGACGUGAGCUCGGGAAAGUGUCUGAAAACCCUGAAGGGACACAGUAACUACGUCUUUUGCUGUAACUUCAACCCCCAGUCCAACCUCAUCGUCUCGGGCUCUUUUGACGAAAGCGUGAGGAUAUGGGACGUGAAAACCGGAAAGUGCCUGAAGACUCUGCCUGCCCACUCGGACCCCGUCUCAGCUGUCCAUUUUAACCGGGAUGGAUCCUUGAUCGUGUCAAGCAGCUACGAUGGUCUCUGCCGCAUCUGGGACACCGCCUCGGGCCAGUGCCUGAAGACCCUGAUCGAUGACGACAACCCACCUGUGUCUUUUGUGAAGUUCUCUCCAAACGGCAAGUACAUCCUGGCUGCGACCCUGGACAACACGCUGAAGCUCUGGGACUACAGCAAAGGGAAGUGCCUGAAGACCUACACCGGCCACAAGAAUGAGAAGUACUGCAUUUUUGCAAAUUUCUCCGUCACUGGUGGGAAGUGGAUCGUGUCUGGUUCCGAGGACAACCUGGUGUACAUUUGGAACCUGCAGACCAAGGAGAUUGUACAGAAACUACAGGGCCACACAGACGUCGUCAUCUCCACGGCCUGCCACCCGACGGAGAACAUCAUCGCCUCGGCCGCACUCGAGAACGACAAGACCAUUAAGCUCUGGAAGAGUGACUGCUAGGCGCCGCGGGGGCUGGUGGGAAGGCGGCCGGUGGGCGAGCAGCGCGGUGUCUGGCGGGGGCCCCUCCGUCCGGGCCCGGGGGGUCGGGAGGGGCCUGGAUGGAGCCACCGCUGAGGACGAUGUGGCGGAGGGGGUGUCUGCCACCAGAAGGUUCUACAGGUUGCUGGUGACAUUUCUUGCCGAUCCCUCUCACGCUGUCUGGGGAAGUUUCUGGUCUGUAUUGUGUUCAAACAGAGUCAACACAAAUUUUUAAUUUUUUAUUACAGAAGGGUGAAGUUCAA